UUUUUUUCAGGAAGGAGCGUAUUGUAUGGCUGUAAGGCAUGACUGUGAUUGACUAAAGGCAGAUACCCUAAUUUUAGCAUGGCCAUUUAGUUAUACACCCCCAAGUAGUAACUAUGAGUGAAUUCAUAUUCCUGAGAGAAAGUACCGGUAGUGUGCAGCGAAUUGCCACACAGAUGCUGCGUACCACAAAACGUGCUUCUAGUCGAACGUAUACUGCCACAUCUAGACAUGCAACAACACUGACAUCUAAUCCGCAUACGCAUACAGCAACGUUUACAACGUAUGCUACAGGAUAUCCAGGGCUUCGAUGUGUUAGCACUCCUUGGCGUUUGAGUAGCCGUUUGUCAACUUCGGUCGUUAGACCAUCAGGAUUCUCGCAUACGCAAUCCCCUAUGCAUCUACCACACCACCCACACGGAAAUAGAGCACUACACUCGCAUGCGCAAUCACAUGCGCACGUACCCUCAUGCACACAAGUAAGUAGAAUAGCGCUGGCUAAAAACCCAAGCACACAAGUUAGGCGAGCAUUACUCGCAGAAAACACAAGCGCACACCUGGCCAGUAGGUACAUUAACAUCACACCUCGUGUGAGUCACUACGGCUCCAGCACAGACAAAGACUACUACCAAAUCCUGGGUGUGUCUAAGUCAGCCACCGCGAUGGAGAUCAAAUCCGCCUACUUUGAACAGGCCAAGAAGGUGCACCCAGACAUGUGCCCAAACGAUCCGAUUGCGGCUAAGAAGUUCAAGGAGGUGUCAGAGGCCUAUACCGUGCUCAAGGAUAAAUCUAGCAGGAAUGCGUAUGAUGCACAUCGAGCGUCUCCAUUCACACGCAGCCAGGGCUUCAAUACCAAUACCCAACAGCAGUAUGCACAGCAGCAGCAGCGUCAGGCCUGGACGGUAAAUGGGGUCGAUGCAGAGGAGAUCUUCAAGAGUGUGUGGAAAGACUUAGGGUUCUCAGAGAUCAAAGACUAUCUGGCCAAAGUGAGAGAGGAAGGAGAAGACGCGCUGGUAUCCAUCCGGGAGAACAAGGACUUUGGGCCGGCCUGGCAGUUUACUAAGGAGUAUAAGGCAUUGAUCACGGGUAUAGUACUACCUCUAGCCUUGACGCUGAGAUUCCCGGCCUUAGUAGGGCUGGCCAUGCGCAACUUGUUCUUGGUUCCGGUGGUGAUCAUGCGAGCCCUGCCGCCGGAGUUGCGGUGGAGGUUGAUGCAUGAUAUGUGGUUUAGGAUUGUCAAGUCACAGCAGGCUCACGCACACACGGGUGAGCGGGAUAAGGAUGCCAAAGAUACGGGGAAAGGUAGACGGAGGAGAUAGCGAAGUAGUGGGGUUAGGAGUGUAUGUAAGUAUGUAUGAGCACAUGGGUGUGAGUGCAUGCGUGUUUGCUUGAUAGUAUUGGUAAAUAUAGAUAAAUGAUACGAUAGUCAUUCAAGCGUAGAAAUUAAUUGGUAGGUGUGAAUAGCAUGUGUUGUAUAUAUGUACAACAUCAGUAUGAACACAUUCUUAUGAGCACAUGCGUGCUUACAUGAUAAUAUUGUGAAGGGUAUAUAAAUAUUGGG